ACAACAAUCUCUUCAAUUAGAAAUGAACCAGCUAUACAUGGAAAACGACACAAGUUCAACCAGCUCGAACGCACUGGAACUGGUUUUGGACGUAUACGAUGAUGGUACAAUCCAGGUAGCUUCCUCCACCGACGAUCGAUUAUCGAUUGGAACCUUCAAUUCCACUGCCAAAAGCAUUUCGCACGUCCGUAGCGAGCCAUCCGUCGAGCGGAUUUUCGAAUGCGAAGAAAUAAAGAGCCAAUCCCGACAACGAGAAGCGAACAUCUUGGAGGUGGACUCCAGUGAUGAUGAAUCGGUCGGGGAACCAGAAUUGGUUGAACUGUGUCCCUGUCGGUAUGAGGAGUGCCCCCGGGAUUGUUACGGGAACCGAUCGCGAGGGGAGGAGUUAGUGAUGUUGGAAGCAAAUGUGCUGGUCAAGAUUCCGAUGAAACGCAGAAAUCUGGAGCGGCUUUUGCAAAUUGCUACAUGCUGUCAGGAGAAGAUUCGAUAAGGAUCGUUUAAAUACUUUCUGGUGAAUUA